CCCACCAGUAACUGUAAAUAGGCGCCCAUACAGUAAUAUUAUCGAACGCAACGCACGUGUUUCCUUCUCUCAUUGAACACCACCGUGACAUCUCUCUCCAGCCACACAGCGCAAUUUCGCAUAUUUCCUUUUCUUUUCCUUUUUUUCUUUUCCUUCCAUUCUCUCCUGUAAUCCACAACGCAUAAGAACAACGAUCAAGAUCAAGGAGAUCAUUGUCAACAAUGGCCGACGAAGCAAUCAUUAAGAUACCCUCCGGUGAAGUCCUAGAAGAAGACGACGAAGCCCCAGGCCCAACCAUCUCCCUCCCUGACUCAGGCGACGUAGGCGAAGGUGGCAAACUGAGCAUGAUCGUUCAGCUUGUCAAGAAGUGUUUGGGGCGCCUGUCAUUACCCGCAAGUCUCCUAGAGCCGCUUCCAAAUCUCGAGUAUUGGCAUUAUCUAGAUAGACCUGAUUUGUUUGCUGCAAUCAACGAUUCAAGCGAUCCCUUCGAGCGCAUCCUAGCAGUCGUGCGUUUCAUAUUCACAAAGGAUCUUAAAUUCGUCCACGGCAAAGUCUGCAAACCCUAUAACAGCGUCCUAGGCGAGCACUUCCGCGGGCACUGGGACGUCCCACCGGUCUCAUACAGUUCUGAUCCAACCCAACCCCCCAUUCUCCGCGUCCAUACGACUGUCCCCCCUCCCCCGGCCUCACAAGGAAGCGAGACAGUGAGCGUGAAGAGUAAUCGCAGCGGCAAGAGCUCAAAGAGCACGCGUAGCGGCCUCAGCCUCACUUCUACCUCCAAAGGCAAGACAUCUCCCACCCUAAGCACAGCUCCUACAUCCCUCGUCGGCGAUGCUGGUCUUUCUAAACUCUCGUUGUCUCCUCUUAACGGAAGCGGAAGAAAUGAAGAUAAGGACAAGGACAAAGACAAGGACCACAUCCGGGUCGUAUACGUAACAGAACAAGUAUCGCAUCACCCUCCCGUAAGCGCAUACUAUGCCUCAUGUCCCUCGCGUGGUGUGGAAAUGGCAGGGAUCGACCAGAUCAGCGCAAAAGUGAGCGGUACGACUGUGCGCGUCGCCCCGGGGUCUUUCAACAAGGGCAUCUACAUCAAUCUUACAUCGGGCCCGGGCUUGGGCGAGAAGUACCACAUCACGCACCCGGUGGCUAAUGUGAAUGGGAUCUUGAGAGGGAGCUUUUAUAUCACUGUUGGGGAUAGUACGAUCGUUACUUGUGUGGGUGCGAAGGGGGUAUCGUAUCGGGCUGUGAUUGAGUAUAAAGAAGAGUCAUGGCUAGGCCGCGCACACUUUUUAGUCGAGGGCGUGAUACACACAUACGACGAAAGAUCCACAGAACAUGAAGAAUGGACGAAAGUGAAACACGUCCCCACAGCUCGGGUCGUAGCCGUUUUUGAUGGAUGUUGGCGGAAUCAUAUACGGUGGCGGCGGACUGCUGCAUCGCCCCCUGGUCCAUCCACAUCCACAUCUGCAGCAUCAUCCCCAUCAACGCCAAGUUUUUCGGUCCCUUCGUUGUCAGAAACGGAAUAUGCCACGCUUGUAGAUCUUUCGACGCUAUUUGUCGUCCCGAAGAAGGUUCGUCCGCUAGAACGGCAACUUCCGAAUGAAAGCCGGAAGUUGUGGGAUGCUGUAACGACUAGGCUGCUUGCGAAGGAGUAUGGGGAGGCUACGAAGGCGAAACUUGCGAUUGAGCAGAAGCAGAGGGAUGAGGCGGGUGAGAGGAAGAGGAAGGGCGCUCAGUUUAUACCCCAGUAUUUUGAACAAGAUAUCAGUUCUGGAAUUCCAGUUCUUACAGCUGCAGGCCGGAAAGCUGUGGAAGAGGAGCUUAAGGAGUGUUCUGAUACUUGGCCGUCGUCCUCAUAGAAUCGAGUCGACGCUGCCUGACCUAGGUGCGGUUUGGAGUACCCACGUGUCAUCUGUAGAAGCUUUGAACGUUGUAGAGGGUUAGGUGCGGUCCACGAUAUCAUGCAAUGGAUGGUUAAUGUUUUUUUGGAGCGUUCUAUGCUUUUUUUGCUUUUGCUUUCUUCUUAGUACCUGAUGAUUUCUGUUCACUAAUUUUAGUUUUUUUGACGCAAUUCAUGGACUUUUAUGAUGAGCGCUGU